ACUAUCAUAGAAGUACAAUCCAAAGCUGCCGGUUUGAUCCUGUCAACCAGAGAAUAGCUACGGUGUCCUCUGACAUGUCUAUAAAAUUCUGGGAUAUCAUCGCAAGGGCUACCACAGUCACCAUUGAACGGGCACAUAACAAUGCCAUUGCGGAUUGCUGCUUCUCUUUGGAUGGCCAUUUUCUGUGCACAGCGGGGUGGGAUGAAAAUAUCAAGUUAUGGGAUGUCCGUACGGGAGAAUUCCGGUCUCAUGGGCCUAUUACUUUGGAUCAAGGUCACAUAGGCAUUGUUGGCAGCUGUGAGUUUAGCAAAGACGCCUCGUGCGUGGUGUCUGGAGGUUAUGACAAAACCAUCAGCGUGUGGGACAUAGAAGAAGCAUAUCAAAAGAUAUCUUUAAAGGGUCACACUGAUUGGGUGACGGAUGUGGCCAUUAGCCAGGACAAGACGCUUAUUGUUUCCUCUUCAAAGGUAUUACCAAAAGUUAUCAGAGAAUGCCAU